GACAGCGAGAAACAUAGCUGGCAAGUGAAGGCAGGCAGGCUGGAUUACAGUCCACCGUUUUUAGCCAUUUCUUCCGGUCGUCCCCCUUUGCUUGCUGACCGUUGGUACGGUCUCCUGCUAUCCGCACGUUCACUCACCGUUUGUGCACGGUGCCGGUAGCGAGAGGGGGGUUUGGUCGACCGGGGACUAGCCCCGUGAGAAGCUCUCUGCUUUCGGGAGGAAGGGAAAGGAGCCAGCCUUGGAAAACGCUUUCUGUCGCUGCUAAUCACCACCGAGUUAUCUCUACCUUUAAAUGGCGAGGAUACACCGUCUGUGUGGUGUUUAGAGGAUACUGGGAAGAUACAGUGUAGCUGCGUCGCUUGUAACUAACGUUAACUAAAUGGUCACUAACAUGGAUGCUGAUGUGCCUCCUCCCCUAGGCCGGCCGGGAAAAGGGGUGUUUUUUGACGGUUUUCUGGCAGGCACACGACUCGUUUCUUUCUGGGAUUAAUAAUUUGGGUUUUUUAUUUUUUUAUUCUCCCCCUCUUGGAGCCGGUUUUUGUGUGGGAGCCUCGCAGGGAGCGUUUGUUUGCAAGAUGACAGAGGGGAGGCGAUGUCAGGUCCAUCUCCUGGACGACAGGAAGCUGGAGCUCCUUGUACAGCCCAAGCUGAUGGCUAAGGACUUGCUGGACCUCGUGGCCUCUCACUUCAACCUCAAGGAGAAGGAGUACUUUGGAAUUGCAUAUACAGACGAAACGGGCCAUUUUAGCUGGCUGCAGUUGGAUCGCAGGGUAUUAGAACACGAGUUCCCCAAGAAGUCUGGUCCCAUUGUCCUCUACUUUUGUGUCAGGUUCUACAUAGAGAGUAUAUCCUACCUGAAGGAUAAUGCCACUAUUGAGCUGUUUUUCCUUAAUGCCAAGUCCAUCAUCUACAAGGAGCUUAUUGAAGUGGACAGCGAUGUUGUCUUCGAAUUGGCUUCCUAUAUUCUACAAGAGGCUAAAGGUGAUUUCACCAGUAAUGAUGCAACCAGGUCUGACUUAAAAAAGCUGCCUGCUCUGCCCACCCAGGCCCUAAAGGAGCACCCAUCUUUGGCCUACUGUGAAGACCGGGUCGUAGAGCAUUACAAGAAGCUCAACGGGCAGUCCAGAGGGCAAGCUAUUGUAAAUUAUAUGAGCAUUGUAGAGUCUCUGCCCACAUAUGGAGUACAUUACUAUGCUGUAAAGGACAAGCAGGGGAUCCCAUGGUGGUUGGGUCUGAGCUAUAAAGGCAUCUUUCAGUACGAUCACCAGGACAAAGUCAAACCCAGGAAGGUGUUCCAAUGGCGUCAGUUGGAGAACCUCUACUUCAGAGAGAAGAAGUUUUCAGUGGAAGUUCAUGACCCGAGGAGUAGGGCGUCGGUGACGAGAAGGACGUUUGGUCACAGUGGCAUCGCUGUGCAUACGUGGUACGCCUGUCCUGCCCUCAUCAAGUCCAUCUGGGCCAUGGCCAUCAGCCAACACCAGUUCUACCUGGACCGCAAGCAGAGCAAGUCUAAGAUCCAUGCAGCGAGGAGUUUGAGUGAGAUCGCUAUAGACCUGACGGAAACAGGAACUCUGAAGACCUCCAAACUGGCCAACAUGGGAAGCAAGGGCAAAAUUAUAAGUGGCAGCAGCGGCAGUCUGCUAUCAUCAGGCUCUCAGGAAUCGGACAGCUCCCAGACAGCUAAGAAGGACAUGCUGGCAGCACUGAGGGCCAGGCAAGACGCUUUGGAGGAAACGCUAAGACAGAGGCUAGAGGAACUCAAGAGCAUCUGCAUCAGAGAGGCGGAGCUGACAGGAAAGCUUCCGAAGGAAUAUCCUCUGGAUCCGGGAGAGGAGCCGCCAACAGUACGACGGAAGAUUGGUACUGCCUUCAAACUGGACGAGCAGAAAAUCCUUCCCAAGGGAGAGGAAGAGGAACUGGAGCGUUUGGAGCGGGAGUUUGCCAUUCAGUCCCAGAUUACAGAGGCAGCCAGGCGUCUUGCCAGCGAUCCUCACGUGAGCAGCAAGAAGCUGAAGAAACAGAGGAAGACUUCCUAUCUGAACGCACUGAAGAAGCUACAGGAAAUUGAGAACUCUAUCAAUGAGUACCGGGUCCGCUCUGGCAAGAAGCCUACGCAGAGGGCGUCGCUUAUCAUAGAGGAGGCCAAUAUUGGUUCUGAAGACAGUUCAUUAUCUGACGCACUGGUCUUAGAUGAUGAUGAUCCUCAAGUCACAGGUACACCCACCUUCUCCCCAGUAGCAUCGCCUCACAAGGGCCUCCCUCCUCGGCCGCCAUCUCACAGUCGGCCCCCUCCACCGCAGUCCCUGGAUGGCCUGCGACACCUGCACUACUCGCGCUCUGACUACGAUAAAUCACCCAUCAAACCCAAGAUGUGGAGUGAAUCGUCACUGGAUGAGCCCUAUGAAAAAGUCAAGAAACGCUCCUCUCAUUCCAGUCACAGGCGUUUCCCAAGCUCUGGCAGUGCAGAAGCAGGGGGUAGUAACUCACUGCAAAGCAGCCCCAUCAGGAGCCUCCCCCACUGGAAUUCUCAGUCCAGCAUGCCGUCGACCCCGGACCUGAAGACCAGGACCCCACACUACAUACAUUCCACUAGGUCAGUGGACAUCAGUCCGACACGUCUGCACAGUCUCGCUCAGCACUUUAGGAACCGCAGCUCAAGCCUUGAGUCCCAGGGCAAACUGUUGGCACCCGACCCCGAUGCACACCCGCACACUCUGGGCACACUUGGCAGCCCUGACUUCUUCCUGGCCCCAGGACGCAGUUCCAAUGGCUCCGAUCCACUGGACGACUGUUCAUCCUGCACCAGCCAAAGCAGCUCGGAGCAUUACUACCCCUCUGGUGGACCUCCUGGCAGCAAUCCCAACUACUCCACUCUGGGAGAGGACUCACCCUCCAAAGCCAGGCAGAGGCAGAGGCAAAGGCAUAGGUCUGCAGGUCACCUGGGUUCCUCUAACUCGGGCUCCAUGCCAAACCUGGCAGCUAAGAACGGCUCCGGUGGAGGCUCAGGUGGAGGUGGGAUGGGAGGGGGACACCACGGAGUCUACCUCCACAGCCAGAGCCAGCCCUCCUCUCAGUACCGCAUCAAGGAGUACCCGCUAUAUGUGGAGGGCAGCCCCAACCCCGUGGUGGUGCGCAGCCUGGAGAGCGACCAAGAGGGCCACUACAGCGUCAAAGCCCAGUUCAAGACCUCCAGCUCCUACACGGCCGGGGGACUGUAUAAGGAGGCCUGGGGGGGAGAGGAGGGAGGAGAAGGGAGCGGCCGACUCACACCGUCGCGCUCUCAGAUCGUACGGACUCCGUCAUUGGGGCGAGAGGGUGGUGGAAGUGGAGGGGGGAGGGCGGCGGUGUCUGAAGAGCUGCGGUGCUGGUACCAGAGGUCCUCAGGGAGCCUGAAGGAGAGGAGUCACUCACAUUCGGGGUCUACUUCCUCCGAGACAGGGUCACAGCAAGGCACUCUGGGACAUGGUCGAGGGAGUAGAGUAGGGACACUCGCCAAGGGCUCACCAGCUGCGUCCCCUCACAGCCAGAGGAGUAUGACGCCCUCCAGUGAACACACAGCCACACCCACACCGCCCUGUAGCCCACAGCACAUCCUCAACUGGCAGAGCGGGUCUUUCAGUGACAGCUGUUUCCUCAGCAGCCCCCUGUGUUCAGAGCUGGCAGAUGUGCAGUGGUACGGACACGAUAAGGCCAAACCUGGAACCCUGGUCUGAGACCUUCCUUAAAGGCCCAGAAAAGUUCCAUUGCCCUCUCCUACUGCCUCUCCACUGUACCCCACUACUACCCAUCGACAACCAACAACCUCAUCCUUAAGGCCCUACGAAAACCCUGCCCUGAUCGGACUGGCGGACUGGACAUGAGCCUCCCUCCUCCCUAGAUUCUGCCCUCCAUCCAUCUCACCACCUCUCUUAUUAUGCCCCUCUAUCACAGCUCAGCUGGACAGGGACACACUCGCUGGGCUCUGAUAAGGGCAGAUUUCACAGGACAGACUGAGAAGCACCACCUCAGCGGUUGAACUGUUGCCCUGCAGCACCACAGAGCCCGUUCUUUACUCACCCUCAGCACACAAGCAGUGGGGCAAGGAGGAAAAAAAGGAGCGAUAGGAAGAGAGCACAGAAAAAUAUCAAACAUACAACUCAAACUCAACAGAAGCAACAUCGGCCAUGACAGGAUCGGUUUCAUAUCUCAUCUUUGGUCCCCUGACCUAACUGACUUCAGUGCACUGCCACCCAAUCAGAGGAUACCUGCUGGAUUUGAGCCACCAGUUUAAAACUCAUUAUCAGGCCCAAAUGAACUGUGUUGGAUUCCAUUACUCCCAUUAAUGUUGUUUGUCUUUUUUGUUUAUUUGUCCCAGCAUAUUUAUAAGAAGAGAAGAUGACACAGACUUUAAAAAAAAAUCUGGAAUAACAAACAUUUAGAUGAUAAAUUCAACUCCUGCUCAGUUUAACCCACAACCAAAGACAACUUAGUGGAUUGACUGGUCACACCAGGGUCCCUGGGCUGGUGCCCGUGCAGAAAAGUGACUGUCAGAUAACUGUAUGAGAGUGAAUUCACAGUGACAAUAUCAGGAUGGUUCACGGGACUCUACAAUGAGGACUAUAGCAAUAACAGAACAUUGGACAAGCAUACGAACUGGUUUGAAUCUACAGAGUGAAUUGAAGCGGGCAUUUUGCCGUGUUUUCUGCCUUGUGAUGCUUGGAGUAAAAGAUCAUUAGUGCAUCAUAGGGAGAAUUUGGAGUUGUGGUUAUUGGGUUUGGCAUUAAUCUAUGCUUAUUUCAGUGACUUCAUGUUUAUUUAAUGUCUUUGGUCUUUUUAGGAAGUCUCUGUCCACAUGUUUGGCCACAUUGUGAUCAGUGCUUAGCCAGAGUGUGGGGGUGGGGUCGGGUGAGGGUCAUUCGGGGGUGUUAACAUGGCCACAUCAAGUCAAGGCAUUUGACUUUGGCGGUAAUUUUGAUACAGAAACAAGACGAUUGGUUUCCAUCUUUUCACAUUUUUCAUUCUCACCCCUGAAAGUUUUCUGACUGUUGACAUCUGUUGGCGUUACUUGUGUUUGAUAUUGAGACUAAUCAGUGGUAAAUCUCAUCUUUUUUUAUCACAAGUGUCUCUCCUUCAAUGUUGGUCUUUGGCUGUGUACCGGUUCUUGCCAUGCUGAGUAUCUGCAAGUCCCCCUUUUGUAGCACUGUGCUUUCUCAUCUUUCUGUCCAUCUCUUCAGCAUCACAGGAGCUCCCCGACUGAACACACACAGUGUGAACUCUGAGUACAAGUUCAUCAGUGCCAAACAUGUUGGUGCUUUACAUUUGUACUGUAAUUCAGCCACUCCUUUAAGAUAGAAACAGUAACUCCCCACAGAUUAUAGCCAUUCUGUAACUUUUCUCUUUAUUCAAAUGUACUUUGAAAAGCACAACAUUAACAGUGUCUAUGAGGACUGGACCUACAAUUAGUGUGUUCCCAUUUUCAACUCUCAAUAUUUUAAUAAUGAGUUGUAUCAAAGUGCGUAUUGGGAAAGUAGAGAAGUUAGAACCACUGAUAAUGUGUCGCGCGACAGUGCUCUUUUUAUUAAGUACACGGACAUCGAAUUUCAGGUCGACAUUAAUCAAUACCCCGCUGUCAGGGCCAGAAGAGAAGCCAUAGCCAGAAGUGACACAAACAGUUAUUUUCUCAAACAUGCCAAUCAAUCCGAUAUUCAGAACAGGGUUAGAAAAGCACAUCUGGUUUUGUAAGAAGGAAGUAGAACUCUGCAUGUUUUAGCUGUAUCGAAAUCAUCUUCCCCUAACCAGAGUUUAUGUUUAAACUUCAUUGUUGCACAAAUCUGAAUUAAUCAAAUGUUGAUUUUACUAAGAUUAUGACGCCUCGGUGAUAGAGAGACAUUUACAGACUUGGAGCACCAUUACGUCUGGAUAAUUGGUGUAACGUGGAGGAGGAAUGGUGCGCAUCUCACCCUGUCCCUCAUAGUGUUGUGUCUCCUUUAUGCACUGACACCAGUUGUUGUAAUUUGCCACUUACUACUAUUUAAAUAAGAAGGCUUUAGCCCACUCCCUGCAUGGUUGGUUCUCCAAGAGUUACCCACCUUCAUGCCUGGUCACGUUUGAUCAGUCUUUACCCAGGCUUGGAACCAGCACUCCCUGGUUACCAUCUCAUAGGUCUCUAGUAUAUUCAAGUCACCUAUUAGAGUGCAAGUUUGACCCCGCUUUGCUCACUCGAAGUCUUCGCCCACUGUUUGCGUGCUAAAGACACAAUCCCGUGCAUGCCCUGCAGAUCCACUGACAAAAAAGACCCCCAAAGACAUUCAGCAUCUGACUUCUAUAUGCUAACAUUAGCACGUUUUGCUCCAUAGUGUUUCCUCGCCCCCUUCAGAAAGUCCUAUCUUCUUAACCUUGUGGUAAUCUCUGACCUCUGAGCCCGAUGUGAAGAAGUGUGACGUCCCCCCUCCCUCUGUAGCUCCAAACACACCAUAUUUUCUGUGCUCCAUAGAAACGUAUGAGGUUUUUGUAAUACUCCGAGAGAAACAAACUAACUCUUUUAUCAGUCUUUUUCCUGUAUGUACGGAGGGGCACUGUAAGGUUUUGUGGGGUUUUUAACAUUCACAUUCAUUGUUUUAACAAUGUUCCAUUUUAUAUGAACCAGUAUUGUUUUGGGGUUUUUUUUUUAGUUCUGACAUUGUAACAACCCUUUCAGGUGCUACAAAAUGACCAGUUACUGCUUUGUCACGUAGGAUCUAGACAUCUUCAUUGUUAUCAAUAGAUUCAAUUACCAGAUGUGCAAAAUGAAGCUUAUUUUAACAGACAGUUUAAUAGUAGAACACUUUCCCUACCAGACAAUAGAGCAUGUAACUUGAUUUUAUCAGUUCUGUUCAACUGUAACAAUACAUUAAAGGUGUUGUAGAAAAAAAAUGUGGAAUUGAUAAAAAACAAAAAAGAUAACUGAAUUCCACAGUUAAUUUAUUCUUUUUUCUAUUAAAAAUUUGUAUAGUAACUUUACAUUUUUCAAAACUGUGUUGUUGGAAAUUGAUGAAUUUUCAAGAUGAGAAGCAGUGGUGGCUCUUGAGAGUAAGAAAAUAAAUUAUUGAUGAAUGUUCUCAAGA